GAAAUGGAUUAUGGUUAUGAUAUUUCUGGAACUCUAGAAGUCGAACCUCUAGACAACUAUUAUAGUAGAGAUUUAGGAAAAUAUGCCACGACAGAAACUAGCGAUUUGUUGCAUAUGAUAGCUAAAGAUCCUAGGCACAGACAGUACUUAGCUCGAGAAAGCAAAAAUAUUGAAAAUUUGGAAAGAAAAUGGAAUGUGACAACUGUGGAAAAACGUAGGGAGAAAGUAAAAGAGAUGAUGAGACAUGCCUGGGCCGGCUACGAACGUCAUGCCUGGGGUGCCAAUGAAGUCCGUCCAGUAUCAGGAGCUGCACAUACCUCGUCAAUCUUUGGGUCUGCAUCCCUUGGUGCCACCAUAAUCGAUAGUAUGGACACCUUACUUGUCAUGGGAAUGACCGAAGAGUAUGAAAGAGCUAGGAAGUGGGUUGAAGAGGAAUUUACCGUGGACAAUUUGAAUAUCGAAGUGUCCGUAUUUGAGAUGAAUAUUCGAUUCAUCGGUGGCUUUUUGGCUUGUUAUGCUUUAACGGGCGAUGAAUUAUUCAAAGAAAAAGCCAAAGAAGUAGCAGACAAGUUGCUUCCUGCAUUCCAAACACCCACUGGUAUACCUCAUGCUCUGGUCAACCUCAAAACUGGGGAAAGUAAAAAAUACCCAUGGACUGGAGGAUUUUCAAGCAUCUUAGCUGAAUUUGGAACGCUCCAUUUAGAAUUCACAUAUUUGAGCGAUAUAACUGGUGAUGAGAUCUACAGGGACAAAGUUCAACACAUUCGUUCAAUCAUUAAACAAAUCGAUAAAGUGAACGGUCUUUAUCCGAAUUACUUGAAUCCAAAAACUGGAAAAUGGGGACAACAUCACAUGUCUCUAGGAGCCCUAGGUGAUAGUUUCUUCGAGUAUCUUCUUAAGGCUUGGCUUCAGAGUGGUCGGCAGGACGCCGAAGCAAGAGUCAUGUACGACGAAGCGAUGGCUGCGAUCACCGAAAAAAUGAUCAAGCGAUCGCAUCAGUCCGGAUUGACUUAUGUCGCUGAACUUAAAUACGAGAAAGUGGAACACAAAAUGGACCAUUUGGCAUGCUUUGCAGGUGGUUUAUAUGGACUUGGUGCACAAACUUUGCAAAAUGAUGUGUCUGAUAGUUAUUUAUUAAUUGGUGAGCAACUUGCAGCCACUUGCCACGAAUCUUAUGAUAGGACACCUACAAAACUUGGUCCAGAGAGUUUCAGAUUUACGGAAGCAGUGGAAGCAAGAGCAAUCAAAACGACAGAAAAAUACUAUAUAUUAAGACCAGAAACGAUUGAAAGUUACUUUGUGUUAUGGCGUUUAACUAAAAAUCAAAAAUAUAGAGAUUGGGGAUGGGAAGCAGUUCAGGCAAUUGAAAGAAAUUGUCGAGCCAGUGGAGGUUACACUGGUAUUAAAAAUGUGUACUUAGAAGAUUCACCUAAGGAUGAUGUUCAGCAAAGCUUCUUCUUAGCUGAAACUUUAAAAUAUCUAUAUUUAUUGUUUUCGGAUGAUUCAUUGAUACCAUUAGACAAAUGGGUUUUCAAUACAGAAGCUCAUCCACUGCCUAUUAAAGGAGCUAAUCCUCUGUAUAGAUCACACACAGCUACUUCUAAACAUUGAAGAAAAUAUCUAGCAAAAAUCUUUAAUAAUUGAGAGGUGUUCUUAUAAAAUAGAAUUUUUUUUUGAGGUGAUAUAUUGACCUAGCUUACGAAACUUUUGGGUAAUCAGAUGGAAGGCUGUUUUAUCUUCUAUAUAUUUAAUACUUAUUACCUUUUCUAUAAAAUAUGUAGUAGUACGUUUUAGUACUAAAAUAUUCAUGAGAAGGAUUCUAAAAUUUUAUGAUAAG